AUGCCAACAAAUCCUCCUCUGAAUGCCCAUCGUGAUGCUGCUGUCAAACCUGCAGUACAACCCUCAAUUCCUUCCGACCUGGAUCUGGAUGAAAAUGUAAACACUGUCAGUUACGCAGGUCAUCGAGUUUUCGGCGUUGACGAGAAUGAUUCGCUAAGCUUCUUGUCUGAGCCUCGAGCACCAGCAGAUGAACUCACCAAAGCCAACAAUCUCAUGCAAGAGAGAUUCGAAAGCUGGGAGCAUUACUACUCCCGAGCUCUGCGCCUUGUGCAGACUUUACCUGCUACCUUUGAAGAGAUGGUUGUACGACGAUUUGCCGAGGGUAUAUUCCAGACAGUACAAAGAAAACAAUGCCAACAAUGGUUGGAACUGAAGGGAUGGGCUUGGGAGAAUGUAGGCUCAUUCGGCAGUAUUAGCUCGCAGGUUCCGCCGACACCAAAUUCGAACAAUGCUGGGAGCGUUGAAAUCUCAGCACGUUACUCUAAGAAAGUGGAACUGCUGUUGGGGCAGGGAGGAUUAGCUAAAUGGAGGAUGUCAAAUACCUUGGCCAACGUUCCAACUGAGAACAAGGAGAAACCUGCAACGGUGUCGCUGCGACGAAGCCAGCGGCUAAUCGAGAAAGACAACCGAAUAGCCAUGGAAACUGCAAAGGGAUCAAUAGAUUCGGGGUCGCAAGUGAUGGGUGGCAAAUUCCAGAAGAACAUACCUGAUUCACGCCUGCAGAAGCGCACCGGCCAGAAGAGAAAUGCACCAGUGUCAGAACAAUAUGGAACCCUUAGACCCAAGGAAACACAUUUUGCAUCAAGAAAAAAUGACAAUCGACAUCUCAAAGCUACAGCAGGGCAAAAUGCUGCGGCGGCCCGAGGCAGGGGGCCAGACGAUGAGGAGGGGAAAGCACAAUCGACUGCGAUGUGCAAAGACACUGAGAGCAUUGGACCGGGAUCAAGCGAACAAGGACCUACAGGAGGCAAUCGUAAGAAGCCUCGAGGUCAUGUCAGGCAUUUGCCACGACUCGUACCGCAGAAGAGGGUAUUCUCAAAAGCUUCGAACGAAAGCAGUGGUGACGAAGGGUAUCUCUACGAGCAGCCCGUCAAGAACAACGAUGCUCAUGAAAUGCCUGCUGCCAAAUGCAGACGUGUAGAGCGGCGCCUUCCUCUACCGCCACCUCCAGAGAUUCCCAUCGUGUCAACCUCAAGUGAUGGGUGA